AUGAAAAUUAUUUAUCGCCUUAUCUCUUACUGCUAUUUAUGGUUACCUAAAAAACUGUAAAAGACUCUUCAGAAAACAUUGUUUUAACAACAAGAAAAUGAAUAGAUUUUCAAAGUAUUGUUUAUAAUUUAGAGUAGAUUGAAUUUUCGAAUGGAGAAGUCUAGAAGCUUGUAAAUUUUGAGAUCUAAAAUAAUUAAUUAAAUCUAAUCAGCGUAAAGAUGA